AUCGCCAGCUGCAGCAAUUACAGGACUUACCACCGCCGGCUGCUGACGGGGAUUACGCAUGCGCCAGUGCUAUAUUUAACCGGCCCAUUCGCUGUUUCUGUUUCUGGCCGAACCGAGAGACAUUAAUAAUAAUAAUAAUAACAACUACCAUGCAGGUCCAAACCCGUCCACGACUGUUGUGAUGGGAGAGGUCUGCUGUGCCUGUAUUCUUCCCUUCUGCGACAGGUCUCCGUGAUUGAGAAACGAUGCAUUUACCGCGGGCGUGGCCCAUCUGGAACGGCCUUCUGGCCAUGCUGCUUGCGGGCAAGGCAGCGCAGGCCAUCAAUGUAGAUAUCAACAGCGAACAAUCGAUCAAGGACGCCGCGAGCACCGUAACAUGGGGGAUGAUGACCUACUACCAUGGCAACGAGUCCGGACAGAUCCCCGGAGCCUUUCCCGACAAAUGGUGGGAGGGCGCGGCCCUCUUCCUCGCGCUGCUCAACUACUGGCAUUUCACGGGCGACGCCACCUACAACAAUGAGCUCAGCGUCGGGAUGGAGUGGCAGUCCGGGGACGAUGGCGACUACAUGCCCAGCAACUUCAGCAGCUACCUGGGAAACGACGAUCAAAUGUUCUGGGGCGUCGCAGCGAUGACGGCCGCCGAGUUCAAGCUACCCGAUGUGCCCGACAAGUUCUCCUGGCUUUCACUGGCGCAGGGCGUCUUCAACACGCAGGUCAAGAGAUGGGACACGACAACCUGCGACGGGGGGUUGCGAUGGCAGAUAUGGCCCAUGCAGGCCGGAUACACCAUGAAAAACACCAUCUCGAAUGCCGGGUUGUUCCAGCUAGCUGCACGCCUCGCUCGGUGGACCAACGACGACAAGUACGCCCAGUGGGCCCAGAAGGUCUGGGACUGGUGCAUGUCCAAGGGUUUGCUGAACAACGAGACCUGGUUCGUUGCCGACUCGACCAGCAUCGGCGACGGCUGCUCGUCGCUGGGGAGGGACCAGUGGUCUUACAAUUACGCUGCGCUCUUCACGGGGGCGGCGUACAUGUAUGCCUAUACAAACGGUUCCGCCAAAGCGCAAUGGUUGACUGCCGUUCAGGGUCUAUUGAACCAUACAUUCGAGACUUUCUUCCCGCCUCAGUACGGCGGCAACGUGAUGGAAGAGGUCGCCUGCGAACCCAACGAGUCGUGCAACAGGAACGAGAUCCUGUUCAAAGGCCUCACGACCUCCUGGAUGGCGCUUGUUGCUACCCUUGUUCCGUCGACGUACGACAUGAUCGUCCCCAAGCUGCAAACCUCCGCCCAGGCCGCCGCCAAGACGUGUACCGGCAACAACAAUAACUCAUGCGGAGUCCGCUGGUACACCUGGGAGUGGGACGGCUGGACGGGUAUGGAGGAUCAGAUUAGCGUCAGCAACGUCCUGUCCGUGAGCCUGCUGAAUUACACCAAGGACUCAGCCCCGGUGACCUCCACUACCGGCGGCAACAGCACGAGCAAUCCCAACGCCGGCAGUCAUGAUCCCAGCGGCUCAAUCCACAAACCCAUGAAGAUCACGGCUGGAGAUCGUGCAGGCGCCGGGAUUCUCACCGCUGUCUUUAUCUCGUCUUGGAUUGCACUGAUGAUCUGGGUGUUGAUGGGUUAGGUCAAUCCGUGUGUAGGGAUGCCGUGGGGCUGGACGAUCCCCAUUUUCUGGAGGUGUUGCUUCAUCCCGUUUUCUUGCCUGUACGACCUCUGUAUCAUUGCAUGUAUCUGUCUAUGACCGGUCCGUUCCAUGUUCUACCGCGCUGUUUGGCCCACCGGCCGGAGCCGGUGAUUCUCCUGGGGUUGCGGCGUCGGGGGGAGUUUGAUGCUUUCAGGGUAGAACGUACAGAUUCGAUUACGAAGAUCCCCAGUGUCACUUCCACGUAGGUCUUACCACGGCCUGUGUGUUCUCCUCCAGUAGGGGCGAUUGAAUCUGACUUCACAUCUAUGAGUCCUCCCUGAGCCCUGCACGCUUGGCUGACAAAUAUCGAGACUGGGGAAUGCUUGCGCGGUUUUCACUGUAAUUUCACUCUCUUUGGCGAUGUUGGAUCCUGGGAACAAUCCGUAAUGAUAAUCCUUGAACGAUCUGGUUUGGAUCUAUUUUUGGAAAAUGAGGCGUUCGCUCGCAGGAUGACACAGAGCAUCUCCAGGAAUGGAGCUGAGAUCCCUGGCCCUCUAGACUUGCGAACCGGGAAACCCAAUAUCACAUCGGCCGUCCGUUCCUGCAGUUCCUGCAGUCUGUUUGCAUGCUGUUUCCAGUACCCGGCAUGGCAUUGAUCCUGUCCAUCAGCUGGUCAACGAGACUAUCUUCCAGCGGUACUCCGCAGCCACGACGAACAGCAAUGGCUUCGCGCAUCAGCUUACGUGUGAAAUGAUUCGCUUCCUCGGACGAGUGCCGCCAUCUUCGACGCAGUGGAUGCCCUUGAUGACCACGGGGAGGGAGACUCGUCAACUGCCGAAGCCCACGGAAUAAUGUCCCAGUCAAUGAACGGCGAGAUCGAGCUGGCCAUUGUCUUUGCUUCACCUUGUCCUCGGGCGUUCCUAUCCGGUCCCUGGGCAGUGUAAGCUAUUCCGAUCGAUGGGUUCAUUCCGAAUAGAGUCACGCAUACCGCAGCACCCAGAUCCCAGAAGCACUCUUGGACUGGAAGGUCUGGAUAUUCUUCCUGCUGUACCAAGAAAGUCGCGACAAACGCGCUCAUGACCCUGGGUGUCUGCACGGGAAACAUUGCCGGUCCCUUUUUCUACAAAUCUCACCAGGCGUCUGGCUAUUCCUCGGAAUCUGGUCUAUAGUGGUGGCCGAUUUGGUUGAGGUUGCGCUGCUACCGGCGGCGCGAUUGUAUCCCGGACGUUGCCCGUGGCGGAGAAGCAGACUAUCAGCGACAGUUGGAGCUGGGUCGGACGGCGUUCAGUGGUUUGACGGACAAGGAGAAUGUGAACUUUCGCUAUCUGUAUUGAGCUCACUGCUGGGAUGGUUUUUAUUCUGAAUCACAACUGCCAUUUACGACACCCAGUAGUCUCUAUUAUGGCAAAGCCAACACGAUUACGCCUAGUCGCGUAGAUCCUUGCUUCAAAUAUACCCUCAUAAAAAAUUGAAUCAGACCAUCUCGGUGUUUCUCCGUAAAUCAUCAUCUCUGCAGGAUUCCCCGGACUCUCCACAGGCCGGACGAGAAAUUCCACGAAUAGCACCACCAUCGUCCUGUUGAUCACCAUCCGGCGUGGGGAAACCCAAUCUAUGAAGAAUCAACUCUCGGGGUCUCUCCGGCUCUUCAUCUGAACCUUCUCUCCCCCCGCGUGGGAUGCACGCUUCCAUCGUG